GAAAUUCGACGGACAAGAAGAAACAAAUGCAAGAAUUCUCAGGUAAGUUCUGAACGUGCGAUAGCGUCAGGCAAUCUUAAAUAUACGAAAUUUGUGACAUGGCUGGGAUUUUCUUAGUGCGAUUUCCUAUACUGACACAUUUAAGUAGUUUCCACCUUAUCAUCUAAAGUUUUUUUGCCUUGGUACGCGUUUAGAAAAGAGUUCUACAAAUACGAUUUUCGCAUAACAUACUUGGGCGUGCUAUAAAUACGAAAUACUGGGAAGUGUUUUGAAUGUCUGACACCUUAAGACCUUAAAGUAAAUGUGUAUACUAAAUUUGUGUAAAAUUUCUGUUUCUCCACACGAGAAACCUUUAUCUCACUCUAAAUCCAUGAACUUUCAGUUAGUUAAGAGUAUUAUGGUUCGCCAGUUAUUUAUAAUAAGAUUUUCACUAAAAUGAAGCGACAAUCGACCUGUAAAUAAACAAGAAAUCAGCCCUGAAUUUAAAUAUGCAGAUAGUCACUGGCAAACAACUGAGCUGAUCAAAUAUAGCAAAAAAAAUUCAAAAUCGAAACCAGCAUUUUUUGUACUCUGUGGAUGCAAAGAUUUCUUGCUUUCAGCGAAAGAAAAAAGGUUAAAAUUGUACUAAAUUCUGUCUAGAUAUUUUUUUUUAGCAAAAAUCAACUUCAAACCCAGCCAGAGGGAUAAACACCUGCUCUUAAAGUUCGGACAUUGUUAUUCAUCACUGCAACUGAAAUGAUAUUAUCUAUGAUAUUAUCUAUAGGUUCGUUUAUAACCACUACCCAGUUCGAAAGUGACCCUACUCAAACUCGUUCAAUAAGGGAAAAAUAAAGGCUCUCUUACGCUUGAAAGCGUCGAUAAAGGACUCUUUCCAGAAGCCGGACCCAUAUUACUGAUCUCCAUUUUCUUCAGCGUUGGCGUGUUGCUAGGAUUCCCGAAAAUCAGUCAUUUGUGACGUCAUACCUCGCGCAAAAGCGUUGCGAUGAAAUUUUUUUAAGCCAUGGCACGCAUUAUCUUGCAUAAUGUCAAGCCAAGACAAGAUCAUUUAUUGAACUCAGCUCGGUUUUACAUAUUAUACAGAUCAGAAAUUUACAUAGACGAUUAAAUACGAUACAAGUCAGAAAUAAGAUAGUCCACUUUCACGACUUACAUUCUCAAAUGUCCGAAAUGUCGUAAUAGUAUCGCAGUCUGUAUCGGUGGCUAAGUCGCUGGUAGGUAAGCAACGUAUAAACACAAGAGCGCAGGUAAUUCAGGGAAAUCACGUUAUAGCAAUGACAAUGUUGUGGUUCAAUACUACGGGCUCGUGCCAUCUAAGGGACUCCGAAUUCCGGAAUCCGGAAAAACUUUGCUCAUGGAAUCCGAAAUCCUGGGCUUUGGAAUCCAGAAUCCAAGUUCCACUGACAAAGACUGGAAUACAGUACCUGCAAUCCGGUAUUCACGGCGUAAAAUCCAGAAUCCAAGACUGUCUUGGAUUACCCUACAUGAGGCGAAAUGCGAUCGGCUCCUGGCGAAAUGGUAAUGUCUGAUAGCGACUGACGAUAUCAGAGGAUCACAGGGAGUUCAACCUCGCGAUCGUCUCCAGUACUUUUCCUCUUUCCUUUUUUUUCCCCUUUUCCCGCCCCUCCCAUUUUUAAGGGAAAAGCACUGGGGACGAGGUUGACAAGGUGCUAAGGAGGUACUGCGCAUCCAAGAGUUAAGUACAAUAGUGAACAGGUAUAAGAAUAGGACCUAUCUCCCAUAUACCGCGCGUUAAAAUGGUCACAUGAUUGAUGAUUUACGAUCAUCACGUGACCUUUAGUUGAAUAGAACAUUAAACACACGAUCAAACUGAUGAAGAAGUUGAGAUAACGUCGAACUAUUUCGGUGAAAGCUAUAAUCUAUUUUUACCCUGAGGACGAAAAUUUCCUUGACUACAGUAUGAUGAUGGUUUUAAAAAAAGGAAAAUAAAAUUUGAACUAAGGAUAAAACUGGACCACAGCAACUGUAUUGUCAAGUCAGUGUUAGGUUAGACGAUGUUAAACCACUCAAAUCGCGCUGUCCGUCGAACAACACCAGGUAAAAAUAUUUGCACUUCAUUGAGGAUUUUCAUAUGUUAUGCUUGGGUCACCCGUGCAAGAAAGGAACAUCGCGUACGAAAAGUCGCGGUUGCCUCUGUUAUGCAUCUAAUAGACUUUACUCAUGAUACCCGCUAUAUAUCUUUGCACGCGCAUUAGGAUUCAUGGGAUAUUGCCAUGUCACUUGGAGCGCUUUCCAUUUAGUCAAAAUUUCCGGAAUUUCGGGUUCGGCGGUAAAUGGAACACGUUUCGUCGGUUCUUCCCACUGGAAAAUUCCCAGAAAAAGUGGAAAAUCUAAAAAGAUGGGACUGUUUUCCCGAGCGGAAUUUCGUGUUCCAUUUAUCCGUUUCUCCUAGUUUGUACCAGUUCCAGGCGGCCACGGUCGGGCAAAGCGACGUACCGGGGUUUACGACCAAAUGGAACAACUUUUUACCAAUCGGAAAUUCCACUUUUGCUCCCAUCGAAAUUUCCGCUUUUUUCCUAAAUGGAAAGAGCCCUCGGUAUUUCAGAAGUGAUAAAAUUUGCCAGUUCGAGUCAUCGCGGAAGAGUUUGUGUAUUCUGUCAAAACCAGACGACAAUUUAAAAGUCAUACAGGGGCAUAGCUAGGAUUUUUCAAAGAGAAGGUGUCACUGUGUCACACCAAGGGUUCUUACCAGAUUGAAAUGUCGCAUCCAUGCCGUGUUUUACUGAAACCGACAUUUUUUCGGAUGAGUAGUGAGAGUGGGAGGAGGGACAAGCCUACAAAAUAGCCGCAUAGAUGAAUUAAGUCCACGUAACAUGAAUUACGCCCCUUCGAAUUUCGACAAAAUUUACAUUAUUAAUGUUUGCUGGGAGGAAAUCUUUGCUCGCUACUGCAUUCAAAGAAGUAACAAUGAUCGCUUCCACCCACAGUUUGUCACUAUCGUCUUUACUAUCAAAAGUUCUUCAUUUUCUGUUGUCUAUAAUUAGCAAAUUCGACCACGACUUCCUGCAUUGGCAAAUUUCUUCACUUGUUUGCUCCCCUGAGAAACCACAUGACAUUGCUUUUACCUCAACAGUCCUUAAGCGCGUGCAAAGAUUGCGAGUAUCGUGAAUAAGGUCUAUCUGAAGAAAGUGGUUGGCAGCAUUUCGCCCAGCGUAAACUGUGGAAAAGCCAAACCAUCGAGCCACGAAUCUACCUUCGGCGCUCAAGUAUAAAGUGCUAUAACGGUGAUAAGUACAAUAAUUAAUGCCCCGUAUUCCACUCGUCCUACUUUGGAUUUAGGAUUGCAAGGGUCUAUAAGGUAGUUAUUACACAAGUCACCAUCGCAGCACAGUACGCAAUGUUUUGUCUUCUGAUAUCUUCCUAUCGUAUAUGUCGUAUUAAAACUCCUACACUCGGACGCGCAGUAUCUUGUAUACUGAUGAAGGGAACUGUUUCCAGGUGGUUCUUUCUUGUAAACCGCACAAAACUCAUGAUCUCUAGAACAUGUGGUUGUUGCCACUCCACUGAGCGAUUCAGGGGUACAGCCGGCGUCCGAUUUAGAGUCGCAUUUAUAGCAUACCGCACUUCCUGCGAUGACAAGAAAACAAGAAUCAAUUCUCUAAACUGAGGGGUUAUCACGUCCUUCAAUUCCCGGAGGUGGGGGGCGUUUGUACUUCCAAGGAGUGGGCUAAUGGGUAUGUCCCACUGGAUGGGGUCUCAUUUUCAAGACUGUAUUAACUAUUAUGAAGUUGUAAUUUUAUAAGAGUUACUAGAAUGGGUCGCACAUAUUGAGGAUUUUGGGUGUCAGAAAAUUCAGGUAUUUAGAGGUUUAAGUAUAGAAAGAUUUAUACCACAGUAAGUUUAACAAAUGUCUCAGUUCUUUUCAGGGUGACCUAGUUAAAAGGCUUUAUAAGGUAGAUUCAUAAACAGAAGGUGACUAAGAUGGGAUUGCGAAAAUUACUUGUUUCCUAAAGUGACUAAGAUGGGGUCUAUAGUAUGGCCACAGAAUAGACUACAAUGGGGUAGGAAUUCUGAUAGUCUAGUGACACAUACCCAGCAAAAAUUAACCCAAGUACCGCCCCCCCCCCCGUGCCACCUGCCCCCCCAGACUUCAAGUAAAAUUGUGGUGAGAACCUAAACUGGACCUAGUGGUAUUACCAAUGGUCUGGGAUUCACAGUACCUUUCAUGGGGAGAAUGCUAUUCAUCACCAAAGAAUACUUACCUUCGCAGAUCAAAUAUGAAAAGGGUGCAGCCAGUAAGACAUACAAGAUGGCAUAAGCACAAGGCACCAUUAUUACAGCACUUGAUUGGUAGAAUUAACGUCUGCAAAAUGAUUAAGAUAUCUGUUUUAAUCCUGAGUGCCCUCUGAUUGGAGAGCAGCGAAAAAAUCUUGUGUCUUUUGCGGGUCUUUUGCCUUUCUAAAUUGAUUUAAUGGUGUCAAAAAUUGGUUUGCACUUGAGUUCACUUUUCUGAUGAGUGCCCAGGGGGGCUACUCCCUAUGAUGGCCUAUAUGGGGAGGCUCCACCCAAAAGGGGUACCAUUUUUCAGGACUCGGGUAUAUAAAAGGGUAGGGACUUCACUAGUUGAAGUAUAUAAAAGGGGAGGGAAAUCUGUCAUUUGGGUCUGUAAAAGGGCCCAAAAGGGUUAACAGAUGAAUUUUAUGGCUUUAAAAAGUCGUGAAAACGUUCUGUUUUUGUGAUUGAUUCCUAUUUUAAAAGACAGUGCAUUUACAGCAGUUAAAAGGGAUGCAAAGUUCUAAACAAGGUAUGUGAAAGGGGUACCAUUUGCCAAUAGAACGUAUAGAAAAGGGGUACCUUGUUUAUGAAAAAUGGUACGUAAAAGCGUAAGGAGCUGGACCUCGGGGCAGAGACAUUUGUUAAGUACCCUCCCCCCCCCGGAUGAGUGCCAGUUGCUAGACUUGAACUUAUUGGCAUUGACUGUUAUCAAGGCAUACGUUUUUGAAGUCAAAUAAAUGAUCUUUGUCAGUCAUUUAAUCAGCUGCAACAUGCUAAAAGCAACAGGAGUCAGCGUCGCCUAAUAACAUCACUGAGUUGUGGAUCAGAGAUCAAAGAACUUGAGUAACGCAGCGUAAUCGGCUUACUACAUGGACAAUUUUUUACAGGAUCGAUAGCGCUUCUAUGAAAUCAAAGGACAGUUGAACCGAAUUCGAAAAAGCAGAUGUUAUCGAAUCUUAGAAGUCAACUACCUGACGUCAACGCAAAGCGAUUUUUUGCCAACUCAAGCCGUGCCCUACCUUACUGAAUCAAGCCUUUGCUUAACAACAAAUAUAUCAACUCGCGAUGAGUCGGAGUUCAAUCCUAUCUACACAUACCUACAAGUUUCAUAUGGUAUCCAACGCACCUUCAAAUCGAUUUGAUUGCAUCUACUUCGUUUAAAACACAUUAAAAGGUUAUAAACACCAUUUUAACGACAUCGAUAUGGUAAUAAAGAAAACAGCAGAGUUAUUCUGUCACGCUUGCAUGCGUAUUCGGUAGUUUAUCGAUUGACGUCAAAAUGAAAUCAAUCCUGUGUAAUAAAAUAACAAGAAAGGGUAAGCGUAACCAUAGCAACUACAUUCAAAGGCACUUGAUAACCCUAAUAAUUUGCUGAAGGCGAGAAACGUCGCAGCCAUGCAAACAAAUUCUUGGGUUGCACGUGACGUCACCAGAAAUCAAACUAAGAAACUAUCGAGUCUUCUGAGUUUCUACUUUCACGAGGUAUUACAGUACCUAAACAGCUUCACAUAAACAAAUUUUUGGUUCCAAAAGGUUCUUCGUUUUGCGAGAGAGGACGCUUGAAUUUCCAGGCUUUUGCGUGACGCGGCAUUUAGCUGGCGGCCGGGAAAGCUCUUUUAUGGGUUAAAAACAUUACCGAUUUUUGGAGAUUUUGCAAUCUAAACAUUCCUUGUCUCCUAAUAAAUAUUACUGAAAUCUUUAUGAGUUCCUCAAGCGAAGAAUUCACGCAUUAGUAGGAAAACUCGAAAACAGAUGUUUCUGUUGGUAUCCGGCGGCCAUAUUGGUGUUCCUGAAAGGAACACCAACCUGGCGUUUCCAUACAAAGCUUUAUAAAUUUAGGUAAACUGUUUUUCCCAAUAUCUCGCAUUUGAAAUAUUUCACAGACCUGAUUCUUGGCAAGGGUUUUUGUAUAUUUAUCUUUUUUAAUUUCCCAGAUUCUAGUCCUUCUGUAUUGAAUGGUUUGCAUUUUUAUUUUUCAUUGCGUGACAGUGCAAGCCAAGAAUUAGGAAGCAAACACCAACAUUCACGUUUCCUUUAUUGAUGUUUAAUUUAGCAUUGUACACAUUACUUCUAAAGAUCGAUUCACAAAAUAAAACGAACAACUAUCUCAGGGCCGUAGGCAGACUUUAAAACAAGACGGAGGCAAGUUUCGAGCGCCGGAGGCCCGAGCUGCUUGGGGGGGGUCUGGGAGCAUGCCCCCCCCCCCCAAGAAAAGUUUGAAAUCUAGAGGCUCAGAAAUGCUCUUGCAAGCAUUUUCCGUGUCAUUUUUCUUCAGAAAAGUCAAUCUUGGGCAAGUGUUGAAGUUCACUUUUUUAUUGCUCAGCGAUACUGGUGCCAAGUUAAAGACCAUCUGUAUUUUAAAUCAUUCUUAGUCAAAUGUUGUAACACGUAUUAUAACAAUAAAAUGAAUCCACGAGAGUAGCCAUGCAAAGUUUAUGGAUUUUGUACUGUAGGUAAUUGGGAGAAGUCUAAUAGGUAACAAUUUUUUUGAAGUUAGUUCUUAGAUGAUAUACAGAAUCACGCUCACGUAUCAAUUAUCUGUUUCGAUGCACGCUUGCUUAUUUUCUUCAACUUUGAGCCGACAGCCCUGUCAUAAUAUUACCAUCUCUUAUACUUGUAGGACUAAGAAGUCACUAACUUUCACGAUUAAGAGUAGUAAACUUCUCCCUUAACAGUUAGAAAAGUGAAAGUUUUUUGCCCGUCGUUUAUUCUUUAAAACAGAACUGCUGUCAGUUUCCGUUGGUUUAUGAAUGUACGCUAACGCAAGCCAGUUGAGCCUCGCAUUAGCCAUCCUUGUUCGGGACCAGGUUUUAAGCCUUCUCAGUGAGCUGAAGUUUCUUCGAAAAAAAAAAUGGCCAAAAUGAAGACGAGGCAACUGCCUCGUCUUGCCUCAUGUUAGCUACGGCCCUGUAUCUUCGAAAUUCAGUAGAGGUAUUUUACAGUGCCGGAUGCAGACUCUGAGAUAAGGGGGAACCAGGUCUCCAAAAAUUCUUUUGUGGGGCCCUUUGGGCCUCAGCUUGGUCCCCUGGAUCCGCCACUGUUUCAAGAAAUCACAUAAUCAUUUGAAAUCCUUUCAGACACGCCAUAGUAUUCAGAAAAUUUCUUUCGCGCACGAUAAAGGUCUUUUUCUAACCGUUUUUUCAGAUUUUAAUUAAAAUUCCGUGAAGUUAUUUUUUCUCUUUUUCUUCGCUUUCCUUUUAAUGUAUUGCUGAAAACCUCUACGCUAAUACUUAUUGUUGUAACCUUUUGAAUUGGUCAGUGGAGUACAAGAGUGUUUCCUAGCUCCAGGCUAUGGUAAUUUCAUUACGUAAUCAGCCAAAUUCGUCUUAAGUAUAUUCUUUGUUUGCAAGUUUGUUUGCUCAACAUUAACCAAGUUUGAGAAUUAAUUAUCCCAAGUACUAAGGCUAAUGACUUCUCGGGUGCCUGAUAGUUAGACUUGGUUAGUCUUACCUCUUUGCUUCAUCUUUCUCCGUGGGCUAUUUUCAUUCCUAGCUCUUCUUGAGUUUUGUAUGCAAAUUUCGGUCAACCAAAAUCAAUAUUCAUGUAGUUUCGAACCUUCGGCUCUUGCGGUAUACAAAUCUUGUCAUGGUGGAUUCUGAUCACAUCAAGAACUGGAAGAAGAGUGGUAAAGUAUAACUGACGUAAGCAGCUAAUCGGUUAGUACUUCGUAAAUUAAGUAGAGCGGUACUGCUACUCAGAAGUGAGUUUAAAAAGAUUCGUUAAAUCCCAAACGGGACAUUGCAUAUAAUUAUAAACACGGAAUAAGUUGAAAUACCGUGUCAUGACAUGACGGUGCAGUGUCUGUAUAAAGUGUCUAACGGGUAGCGGAAAUAGAACCCUUUAUUAUAAUUUUACCUUUGAAAAGAACAAGGUAAAAUCGCAAAGUCAUACGUGUUGUGUUGCCAGGAUAAAGGUGUAAGUUCCACAUUUUUCGUUGUUUAUUUAUCUUUUUAACUGAAGUCGAUUCAGAUCAGUUCAAACUGGAAGUAUGGACGUACUUUCUACCGGCACAUUUUAUACAACCGAUGCCCAAACACUUACGUAACUGAGUGCACGCACUUAAAGACGCAUCUUCUUCAUAUUUAUUGCCUUUUUUCUCAAGACUAGUUAAGGACGUUAAGGAGCGCCACUCGUGACUUAUAUGUCGGAAACACAGCCUUAUCAACUUUUAAAAGUUUUUAUUUGUGUGUAGCGCUUGAUUAUCACACAAACUAGAUGAGAGCUACUUAGCAUAACAGAGCCAGAAUGGUAAUCUUUUUGUUACAAUUGUUAUACCUUUAGUGCCUCGAGCAGGUGCUUAGCCAGUGACAUAAACUGAUCAACUCUUGCAGUUACUGAAGACUACAAAAGCUGAUAUCACAUCCAAAGUGUGAUGUGUCAGGUGUUUGAUACUUGACGUUUUUCGGCCGCAUAGCUUCUAAAAGCAAGUAUUUGGUCGAAUUUUGUGAAAAACGGUCAGCUUUUCUUCAGAUGCACAUCAGUUAUCACCGACUUGAUUUUCCAUAACACAUCUUGCAUUUGACAGCUGCUAGCCAAAUUAUAUGCAGAAGUACCUUUAAUUUGGAGCAUUUAAUCCAUGACUUACAACUUUUCUAUUGCUAAAUCACUCAUAUUUAGUUCAAGAACUGGAUAGACGUAAGAAAACCUUGGCACCAACGUAUUGAGCAGUACUAAAUAACAAUAAUUUUCCGGGCUAUUUUUGUUUAUCACGCGUGUCUUGUUUAAGACACGCUGUGUUGCUUUACAGUUUGAAUUAUUUGGUCUGAACGACAAGUCAAACUUGUUACAAACUUGACACUUUUUCUUAUUCUCGACAGAACCUGUGGUGAAGUUGAUGUUAAAAAAUAACGACAAGAAUGUGGUAUAACCCUUGGUUCAUUUAUCGCGUGAUAGCGGUUUUAAUAUUAAGUGGACUAGGUCACUGGAUUUUGCGAGGUUUGUGAUACUCUCAUUUUUAAUUUAGCAUUUUAGGCUUAUUCGAGAGCGCUAUACUCAUGCUUUUUGGUUGGGAGACACCUGCCCGAGGUCGAAAACCUAUCCCACGGAGUACGUUCAUCGACGGUUUUUAACCGACAUGAUUAUAUAAGUGAAGACAGAACAUGACAGGUCCGAUGUUGAAUAAAUCCCUUUUUAGCUCUUUUUCUACUCAAGAAAAUGAUUUCAAAUUCAUCUAUGUGUUGAGUACAAUGCUUUAAAAGUAGUAUAUAGGAGGUCGCUUAGUUUCAGUCUGCCUUUAGUGAAAAGAAGCAGUUCGACAACUUUUUAAUCUCUCUAGCCUGCGGUAUUUAGAAUCCCCUCUAAACAACACGGUUUGGAUGAGUGACUGAAAACCCAGCGUGAGUGAAAUUUCACGGCUAGGAAAUUUUUCUCUUCGAGCAGUUCGCAGGCAAUUCCUAAAAAUGAAUAUCACUUGCCCUGGUAAAUAUUCAAAGAACCGGUCUUUAUCGCCCACUCCGCUAGGAAAUACAUGUUUCCUUCGAUAGAAAAAACGGAAAAACAAGAGGAUGUUAAAUUGCGGGUAUUAGUUUAUCUGGGUAUUCAUGUAUGACACUAGACUGAGUACUUGUAUUUAUUCUACUGUUUUUGAAUUCAUUGUAGUUACGGUAACUUCCAUAGACUCCUGCUGAAUCACGUUUUAUUAUUUAAAUUUACACGAUAUCGUGGUGCUUAUUAACAAAAUUCAUUUUUUUCUUUUCUACCAUCGCGUUGCCAUGUCUACAAUUACAUGACGUAUAAACAUGGCAUGUCUUAUACGUCAUAUAGCCUAAUAGUCAUAAAAACGGAUGUCGCAGUUUAUUGACAAGGUUCAUCAUUCAAAAGAAUUCUGGUAUAAAAGGUGACCGACGCCUGUUAUCACUACUUUAAACAAAUGAAGUGGUUUAUUCUUCGAGACAUCGAUCGAGUAGUAUUUAACUCAGUCGCGAUAAUUCUGAAAAAUAUUGAUAGUGAUUUAGAUGAAGGAAUGACACACUUGAACAAUAUUUGUUGCUCUCUUAAUUGUAAACUAAAACAAAAGACCUCCUCUUUUGACCGAAGAAAGAAGGAUUGUGAAACUCUGAAGGCGUGAAGCCCAAGGUAAAUAAAUAAGAUACAAGCAAGAGAACAUAAAGGCUUUCUGUCCCAGGGGGGAGUACUCCAGAUUUCAAGUGACAUGAAGGAUUUUUGGGAGGUUGAAAUUUUCUAUUUUGGGACUUUUUUUUGCGUAGGAAAAUUUUGGCAAGUAUUUAUUGGGGUAGCUUGAUUUAAGCAAGGAUUUUUUUGGAUAUUCAAAAUUAAUAUGUCUCCAUUUUUCGUGUUAUAUCAUUUAAUGCUUUGUGGAAAUUUUUAUGGCUCGGAAAUUCGGCAUGGGAUUUUUUGGGUUUUGUUGGAAGCCCUAGGGAUUUUUUUGGGUGUUAAAUUUUGCCCCCAUUCGAUCAUCCCUGUCACUUGAAAUCCGAGGUACUCCCUCCCUCCCCCCGGGCUUUGUGUCCUCUUGGCACAAGACGGUGAAAACGUUUUUGUUCCAAAAGUACCUGAAGAGUUGGCGAUAAUUGAAUCAAAACCGGUUUUACAAUUACGUACUUUAUUUUUUACAUGUGUAGGUACUGAUGGCUGUGAACAAGGUAAUCCUAGUCUUUAUUUCAUUGACGACCACAACAUUAAGUGUGUGGAGUUUCAAUCACUUCGUCAAUCUAACCCAAACAUCACAACAGUCGUUUCCAACAUUGCCGAGGGUACAGCAGUAGACAUAGAUGUAAGAAACAAUAUAGUGUACUGGAGCGACACUCACGCCUGGACAAUAAAUAAGAAGAAUCUCACAUCUGGAGAGGUGAAGGUCAUUCUGAAGGAAGACAUUGGGGAGGUUUUUUCCAUAGCUGUUGAAUGGGAAAGUGGCUUGAUCUACUGGACAGAUUAUCUCUACGAAAGAAUAGAAGUGGCAAAAACGGAUGGAAGUGCUAGGAAGACAUUAGUGACACAUAAUGUUAAAUCGCCCGUUGGAAUUGCAGUGCACCCAGGAAAGGGGUAAGUUGAGAUUUAUACAUGAGCUCAUAUCCUACAACAUCUCUGAACAUCAUUUCAAACACCUCCUGGGGACACAGGGAUACGAGGGCAAGUGGACUCCAACUGAACCCGUUCCCUUGAAUCUGGCCUUAGUAUUCCUUCCGUAGCGGAGACUACGGGAGGAACGCACUGGUCCAUAAAAUUACCACUAACACCUCUUGAACAGUGGCACCCAACGGGAAUAUAGUUCAAAACCACAUAAACAUAGCAUUAAACGUCUUUUGGUCUUUAAACAAUAGAUAUAGGCAUAUUUUUAUCCCAUAAAAAGUUUUCAUCGGAUUUUUCUAGCUGAAAGUCUAGUGAUCCGAAAAUUAUACAGGGAUCAAAACUUACCUUUUCGAAAAUUCAGCCAGAAAAAAAGACUCCCGAAAAUUCUAGGCGACCUUUUUAGGGUAAAAAUCCCUUUAAAAUGGGCAAUCAUACCAUUUUUAGAUGUUCAAAAAUCCUAGGAGAGGCAGGCAAGCAGGAAAUUGUACAACAAAUGUUCCGAAAAUUCUGAAUCUCAAAUCGUCUUCCGACGGAACAGAUGUUUUCCGAAAAUUGACGUUGGGUGCCCGUCUUGAAAUUCCAUGAUUGAUCGUUUGUUUAACCUUUUUGUUAGAUAUCUGGUUUGGUCCGACUACGAUUACAGUCAACCGAAGAUAAUGCGUGCUGAUUUAACUGGUGAAAAUCAGCGAGAAUUGUUCACCUUAUUUCACGGCGUGCCCUUGUACCUAACCAUCGACUACGCCGAAAACCGUGUGUACUGGGCAGAUAUUUUCUAUGCCUACACCUUCAUUGGUUCCGUGAGCCUCGAUGGAACCCAUUUUGGAGCGAUUGGAUAUCUAUCUCAAGCAUUUUUUCCAUUCCAUCUGGCAAUUUUUCAAAAUGACCUUUACUGGGCUGACGUGAAUAGGCAAGGAAUAGCGUGGUUUGAUUUCAAAGAUUCUAACAGCCGUGUGAUAACUAGAGAUGAUCUUACAGAGUACAGUUUGGUCGGACUUGCGACGUAUGAUCCAUUAAGACAACAAACUGGUAGGUUUUGACAUUGAGUGUAGAGAGGUAGCUCAUCUUAUUCCAGGGAAGGAGAUGAACCUUGCCAAGAUCACUCAAAGUCAUCUGCACGACUUUUCCCUUUCCUACUCGUCCUGUUAUCUUUAUCUGCGACCGUUUUGAGCAAGAAAGAGUUAUAUUUCGAAAGAGAAACCAACUGCAAACAGUCUAUUCUCUAAACGGGUAUAGGUACCCGCGAUUUGUUGCUAAGUAAACAAAAAAGUACUUUCCGUUGAAGAAAGAGUAACAGCACUUCGAUCAAUUCGUGUCACAAGCUGUAUGAAGCUUCUGUCCAACAAUCUGUUACUCUCCUUUUAUUAUAUAAACACCAAUGAAAUACCAGGUGAGCUUUCUGGCGAAAACAUGAUAUCGUCACAUGUGAAAAUAACAUGUUAUCUUCACACGUGAAAAGAUGACCGUUGCUAUGGCUACAUAAUAAAUCGCGCCUUUCACGACAAAAAACUAUUAAAGUGAAAUGAUUUGGUGAUUCAUUGGUGUUUAUAUAACAAAUAGAACAUUCUCGUUUAUCGUGUUGAAGAAAUAUUUUUCAACACUCCAAGAGAAACUUCGUAUUUCCGCGCAGCCAUGUAAUGUCCUCUUUAAACCUCUCCCCAACUUUUUUGAAACAAAAAGUUCAUAGACAAAUAACGUCCAGAAUGAAAUACAUAAUACUGUAAUAGGGUGCUGCUCGAAUGUUAUAAAUGUACUUUUUAAGGGGAUCAACCGUUUCUACCAAAAAGACUUGACUUUCCUAAAAAGUAACACGUUUGAACCGGUUUGGUUUAGUUUUAGCGUUAAGUUUUAAAUGCCGUGGCAUAAUUACCCCAGAGAGUAAUCUCCUGGACGUUGAGUUAAUUUUCGCCAACAGAUCAGCGGACUCUACUCGUCGUUUUCCACCAUUUCAACCAAGUUGUGGUAGUCAGUUUUGAAAACGUUGAUCUGUCGAAUCAACGAGAAACACUUUUCCUCAUACGCUGGAACACAAAAUUAGCUGAACAACUAAAAAUAGUUGAACCCAACAGAACAUGAGCUUAACAAAUCCAAUAACAUAAAGGCCCUUUUUCGUAUUUGUGAACUUUCAUGGCUGGUGAAUCUGUCAGUUUGACAAACAUCUAAAAAGAAUCUGUUUUGUUGUUGUUGUUCUGCCGUAGAUGGAAGUGGACCUUGCACAGAAAACAACGGCAACUGCACUGAUUUAUGUUUGCUGACCCCAGGAAGAGGAAGGAAGUGCGCUUGUCCACAAGGCAUUACGUUGAGUUCAGAUGGACUGACUUGUAAUAAUGGUAAACUAACAUUUGAUUACUUUUUAAAACCAUUACCUUCGUUUCAGCUUUUAGUUUUCCUUAUCAUGUAUCUAACAUAAAGCUUUUGUCAUCUACAGCAUCCACAGCUGCAACGCAGUCACCACCCCUUCCAGGUAUGCUAUGGGUGAAUUUACAUGUUGUGUCUGGUAAUUAAUCCUUUUAGUAUUAAAAGAAUUGAGAAUGACUUUCACAAAACGAGCAACUUUCGUAGAGGGUUCUACCCAGCCUACAUACAGUGGGACCUAUAUUUAACUAAGUGACAAGGGACUGGAAAAUUGUGUUCUUUAUAUCGAGGGUUCGUUAUAUCGAAAACCUAGAUUUAACGAAAUGUUCGUUGUAUUGUGGUGUAGUUAAUGAUUAAUUUCCAACGCUUAGCAUUUCCGGAUCUGAACAAUUUCUGUACGGUAGGCGCUCGUCUAAUAACAUCCGUCGGAAGGCCUUUUCUACCCUUAUGAUUUUUACACAAGGUAGAACUGUUUUCUGCUUCUUUUUUUUUUUUUGAAAGGCAAGAGAAUUCGAACCCAUGACCCAAAUACCCAGUACGCCACACUAACCAUCCACUAACUACUAGACCACUGAGGAUUUGUUGGAUAAUUGGGAAAUAAUUUAAGUACACAAAGCAUCAACCCCAAUCCAACAAAAGAACCUAACCAGUUUCGAAAUAGUGCUUAACCCUAAUCAGUAAAGGCAGAGCUUAACCCCAAUCUGUAAAAUGCAGUGCUUAACGCUAAUCCCAAACGAUAAAGAAUACUGCGUUGUGUAAACUUCAUAAGGUGUCCAAAGGCCAUUAGACAGAUGUUAAAAAGUACUGACCUUUCUGUACGUAAUAAACAUUUGUAUAGACGAAGCUAUUGUCUCAGUCCAGAGGUGUACAUUGCUACGGCACUAGAAAAGCAAGAACAGGCCAAAAAAAAACUGCUUAAAACUACUGUAUACCAAAAUUUUAUCCUCGUUGAUCUGCUUCGCAUUCUUAAGCUGUCUUUCGGUCACAUGUUGACGUAUUCGUUAUAUCGAGGUAUAUUUAUUACGUCUGCGUUUUUGGAUCGUGUUCGUGAUAACGAGGAUUUCGUUAAAUUGAGGUUCCAUGAUACCAGGAAGACCAAUCUUGGUGAAUAAGCUGUAAAUUAUUGCGUUCGAUGAAGGAGAAAGCGUACUAAUACAAAAGUAAUCGAGAGAGUUGGGCUUGAUUACUCUAUGCGAUCUCAGAGGCUAGUUUAGCCAUCACAGAAGUUUGAGGAGCAAAAGGUAUUAUGUCAGUGUACAUACAUGUCAAAGUAACCCCAAUUUUUCAGCGUACUGCUGCGCUGCUUAAAUAAGGAGUGUAUAGUACAUUGAACACAAGUAAUAUAACACUCAAAAAAGUCAGUAGAAAUUAAAAAUGACAACGCUAAAAAGAUCAUUAUCUGACAACAAGUUUCCUUUUUUACAUACAAGCUAUCGAAGUCCGUCUGGCUGGCUCGGCACAAUCCAACCAAGGUCGAGUGGAAGUGAAAUACAACGGACAAUGGGGGACAAUAUGCGACGAUUAUUGGGGAAUAUCUGAAGCACAUGUCAUAUGUCGCAUGCUGAACUUCUCUGGGGCAGAAUUUGCGCCUCGAGAAGCAGCAUUCGGUCCUGGAAGAAGUUCUUACCCCAUCUGGCUGGACACCGUGAAAUGCAGAGGUGAUGAGCCUACCAUUGCAGCUUGUCGGCAUGAUGGAUGGAGACAACACGACUGCCGACAUAGCGAGGACGCCAGUGUCGUCUGUUGGAGGGAUUCAGCACCUAGUAGUCAAGGUAAAGCGCCUCCCUGAUGAUUUAGAAAACCUUUCAACAGAAAUCCCAAUCAAGUAGUUUCAAGUUUGUUUCUUACGGAUGAAAGUGCUAGGACGUGCAUGGUUUCUGGCUCAUGUUCCCAUAACAGAUUAUUAAUUACCCUUGGCUACCAGGUAGUUAAGGAUUAUUAAGGAUUAACAAACAACGUUGAAUUAAUCAUAACACCAUUUGACGUUCUCAUAUUAUUCUUAUUUUUUUGGACAUAAUAGAACCAACUUUGGCUCCAGGACCACACCCUGGUACGUAUGUAUUUUGGUGUUAAUUGAAAUCUCUAAAUCGUUUUAAGCAAUUAUUACACCUUAGUUUUAGUUAAAUAAGUUAGAUACACGGCAUUCAUAGAAAACAGGUCUAGUUUAGUGUAAUUAUGAGUGCUAUUGUUACUAAAGAGACUCUUUAGAUACGUAUUUACUGUUAGUAAAUAUUGUUAUGUAGUUGUAUUCAAUAUUGUACCCAAAAAAAACCUGAUGAAUUUUUACCGUGUUGAAAUAAAGAUUGAGAUUUGAGAUUUAGAUUUGAGACCGUGGUAGGAUUAGCUCAGUCGGUGGAGAGCUUAACUGCAGGGAGGGAAGUCGACAGUUCGAUCCCCGGGGCCAGACCAAUACUCUGGGUCUUAAAAUAACUGAGAAAUGAAGGUACCCCCCUUGAACUGAAAGCGGCUAAGCCUUCGCGUGGCUCGGAUUCCCCACGUAAAAUGACGGUCCCGUCUCCCGUUGCAGACGUAAAAAUAGUGUCCCUAAUUAGUACUUUCGGGCUAAAUACAUUGACAUUCAAAUUAAGUGUUUUUUUUGGCUGGAGGCGCCUUCUAACGUCUUUCAAUAUCUAAAUCGGAAAUUGUCUAGAAACAGAGCAAAACUGGUUCAACCAUGCACCAAAGGUUAUGAAUUAUUCAUUGUUAAUAUUGAAUGCUGCACAACGAGUUUAAUGAGCAUUCCAACCAGUUAGCUGCUAACUAUAUCCUGCCAUCAUAUUAAUUCAGAGCAGCCUGCAGAUGUAUUGAAUAGUAUGAUAUUCGCCUAAUGCCUUGUAAUAGCAGGGUUUUCAUUUGACAGUAUGACGCGAAUAUAAUUUCAUUGCCUUCACAGAACUUGAAAUACGCUUGCACGGCGGUGAGACGCAUUACGAAGGUGGGGUUGAAAUCAAACUAAACGGAACCUGGGGAACAAUAUGCGAUGAUUUUUGGGGGAUCGAGGAAGCUAACGUAAUCUGUCGCAUGUUGAACUUUACGGAGGGAGCUCUAAGUACACAAUGCUGUGGCUUUUAUAACGGCUAUGGGAUCGCCGAAAAAAUAUGGCUGGACGAUGUUCAUUGCGAUGGUGAUGAACAGAGCAUCGCGGAGUGUCGUCAUGGCGGUUGGGGAAGUCACAACUGUAGGCACACGGAAGAUGUGGGAGUAGUCUGCAAACAUUCACCAGUGUCAGCACCAGGUAGUCAUUGUUCUCUUAAAAAUACAUCUUGACGACGCUUGACUAUAAGCUUGUUAUGCGAAAUGGGAGUUUAUAUAGUCACUUCAAAUAUGAUCCUUCUCCGAUGACUGUUUUUCAAUUUUCUUUUAAUUUGACAUUUCUGGAUCAUUCAUUUGAUUAAUAUGAGGCCACUAUUACCCUUACAGCCGUCAAUCCGGGGAUAAUAAUGUUUUUAAUAAUCUUUAGCUCUGUCUGUUAUUAAAAGUAAACGGGUAUAGUUAAACGAAAAGAGCUCUUACUUGGAAUUGUCCUCAAAGAAGUUUAAAGAUCUGAACUGGCAUAGCUGUCUUUUUAUAUCAUAGCAUUGAAAUAACGAAACGUUAAGACGCAAUAUUUCUUCUUUCUCCCUAAAGAUCAAAUCGUACGACUGGCAGACGGAGCGAGGGAAAGUGAAGGAAGAGUGGAAGUAUUCCGUGACGGUCACUGGGGAACAGUAUGCGAUGACCAAUGGGACAUCAAUGAUGCAGAUGUGAUAUGCAAAAUGCUGAAUUAUUCAAGAGCGGUACGCGCUCCCGGUCACGCCUUCUUUGGCCGUGGAAAUGGCAAAAUAUGGCUUAGUGGCGUGGAGUGUAGAGGCAAUGAAACUUCUAUUCUACAAUGUGGGCAUCUGGCAUGGGGCAGCAAUAACUGUGACCACCACGAGGAUGCAGCUGCUAUCUGCCAACAGCGUCCACCACAUUUAGGUUAGCAAAUGAAGAUAACAUUUGGGUCGCUGCAGGCCACACCAGUUACUGCAUGUGCAUGACUUAUUAUUAGGAGUGGACGCUUGUGCACCUCAGAUUCAUCUGUUAUAUUUUUACAUUUCUAAACCCUAGCAUUCGAGAGGGUUUGGGCAAAGUUGGUACUUACUGCGAUAGUCAUACUGCUUCAAACUAAGAUCAUAUGGGUUGCUGCAGGUGAUCCAGAUAAACAUUUAUUCUUAAAUACGUCUAACAAACAUGUUUGGUUUUCAUUUAAGAAUCCAAGAAUUUCAUCCUGGUUUGUGAGUCUGGAAGGAGCUUAAUCUACCACAUUUCCCUUGAUAGUAGUGGCUUUCCGGAGAAAGGGGUGCCUCUCGCACUACAGACAAAUGACCCACAAGCUGUUACCUUCAAUAGCGAAGACAAAAUGGUCUACUGGAUUGAACAGUCUGGCUCUAUUGUUCGUUCCUAUCUUAACGGAAGCUCAAGGCAGGUUAUCGUUAAAGGGCUGACGUUCCCGGCAGGUCUAGCAAUAGACCAUUUGGGCCAAAAUCUUUACUUCACCGACCAAAAAGGAAUCAUGGUAUCAAAACUAGAUGGGUCCUAUCAGACUCAUUUAAUCAAUUCGACGUUUGCUCAUGGAAUAGCCUUAGACAGCGAUAAUGGGUAAGAACCUCUGUUAAAUAUAUGAUCGUAUGCAUGAAGCAAUCGACUCAGACCUUGCACAUACUGUCGAACCCCUCGUAAGCCACCUCCCAGUAUGUGAAGAUUUAGUGGUCGCUUAUGAGAGAUGAUCACCUUCGCGAAUUGAACCAUAGGGGGAACUCUAUGAGAAGAAGUUCAGACCUACCUGAAUUUUGACAAAUACUCUAUUGCAUGUAAUUUCUGAGUUACGUAUAAAUGUAGUUCUAUCACUAAACGUUUUUCGUAUAAACUGAGCAGCUUAGAGCAUAAAGCGAACAAAGAGGCUGCACCAUGCAUGCGACAAGCGGUCGCUUAAAAGUGGUUUGUGAAGUCUGUCGGGCCAAAAAGCGGCCGCGGUUGCCUUACGAGAGGUGGUCGUCAACGAGAGCUUCAGUCUUAUUUUAGGGCCUUGACUGGGACAAUUUUGGAUGUUUUGUCGGAUGUUUUGUCGGAUGGGUAGCAGUCGCGGAUCUAGGGAAGCGGUCCCCUUUCUUUUUAGACCAAACGCAAGGUCUGGAUAAGGCAUUAGGCAGUCGCUUAUGGGAGGUGAGCAUGGAGAUAAGACUGUAUAAUAAACUUUAAGAAGUAGCAUGCAAUGAGACGUUUCAAGCUUUGAGGAACGUCUUUUUCUAAAUCCUCUUAAGAACAAACAACUAAAAUGUUCAAUAAUUAUAGCAAUCACUCAAUGCAUUGUUUUGUUCUGAGGUAUUGUGUCUUAUUUUCAGACAUAUCUACUUCACCUCUACUGGGACCAAACCAAAGAUACAACGAGCAGACAUGGAUGGCAAAAAUGUUUUUGUUUUGAUGAACGUUUCCUCCAUUCGGGAAACUAAGCUUGACGUAGCACUUGACAAAGUCAACAAACGCCUAUACUAUUCAGACUCAAGGAACAACUUGGUAAAAUACAUCGAUCUCGCCAAAUUCACUCUCCACCCUGUCCUGUCUAAUCGCCCGCAUGGACCAGUGGGUCUUACCUUAAUCAAUGGUACCCUUUAUUGGACAGGCGGUGAAUUACAGACUUACAGUGGUGCUGUUUACAAGGUAGAUGCAGACAACGUAAAUGGUAGCAUCGUACAUAAAGUAAUGGACCUUUUAUCGUUUCCUAAAGGAUUGUACGCGCACGAUUCGGAAGGUGUCAGGCCAUCAGGUAAGAUGGUCGAUCAUUUUUUAACGGUCAAAUAAGGGACUGUUUUAAAGAAGUCUCAGUAACUCUAAAUGUUUGCUUAUUCGGGUCAUCCUUUUGGCUUACCCGAGGAGGUUUUCCAGUAGUUGAUACUGAAUAUUUGACCUGUUUUGACCUCUAAUAAAUUUCUUUCUAUGCGCCAAGCCUUUAGCAUUAACGUUAAUGUUUCGAGAAACAAUGUUUGACAUUCUGUUCACUAACAUUACAAAAUUAACAACUCCAGAGUACAUAUAGACAAAAAAGCGCAUUGAGUGGCGCCUCGGAGGAAAUUAAAAAAUAAAACAAUAUACAACAAAACCUAGUCGGAGGGAUUUUCAUUAUAUUAAAAACUCAGACGUUACUUAAAAUAUCAUUUCUUUCAGGAAAUCACUCCUGCACCAAUGGUAACAGCAGAUGCUCCCAUCUUUGUGUGGUAAACCCUGAAGGAUAUCGUUGUCUCUGCCCAGUUAAUGAGCGAUGCCAGACAUUACCAACAUCAAUUCCAACCACUACAAUGCACGUUUCUAGUGCAAGUUCUACAGAAAUUGGAAAGUCAGUGUCUACAUCACAAACUAUAAAAUCAUCGCAAUUGAACUUACUUCCCACCAUCCAGCCAUCCCGCAGUUUCUCCAAAGCUGGCUUAUCCCAAUCUUCUUUCUCGUCUGUUGCGACUCCCAAAGUUAGCAUCAAAAUGUCCAGCGCAAGUUCAAACGCAAGGUCAUCUUCUUCACCAUCCCCUUUGAACAGGCCAACCUCGGCAGUUUCCACAUUGACAUCUAUUUCUUUAAUGCCGGGCGAGGUGUGCUCCGUUAGCAACCCAUGUGAAAAUGGAGGCCGAUGUACGGUCGAUGGUGUCAGCUAUAAAUGCGUGUGCGCAGGCUAUUUUGCUGGUCGGCUCUGUUCAAAAGACAUCAGUAAGUUUUAUGUUUCAUGUUUUUUGUUAUGUUUUAUUGUUCAGUCCACCAAGGAACCAAACGUAGUGUACUUAAUAGAAGGCUAAUCUAUAGCUUCCUGCUAAAACAGUGAAUAUUAGUUGACUUUCUAUUCUGAGAUUUUUGCUUGAAAAGCUUAGACAACGCGAGAAAGCCUAUUUUUAAUGAAAUCAAAGUUUUGAAACCUCCAUAGUAAAAUGGACCAUGUCUGUCUUUGGUUUACCCUAAUAUAACAAAGUAAUGGACAAUCAAUCAAUUCAAUUUAAGAAGCUAAUUUUUAGCGCCGUUGUUUUUGUAGGGAAUUUGGUUGUUGUUAUUGCCAUUGAAAUACAAGAAAAUAAGGUGAGUUUCAUGGAUAGAAAGAGGAAUUUUGUAAACAUAUAUAGGCUAGUAACACAAAAACUUCUCCAACUAAAUGUCGUCAAUGGAAGUAGCACAAAUAGGCAUCAACAGGUCCUACAUCGAGCCUACGAUACAGGUAAUAAUAAUGUUAAUAAUAAUCAUCAUCAACACCAUCAUCAUCAUUAUCAUCAUCAUUAACGUCAUCAUCAUCAUCAUCAUCAUCAUCAUGGUCAUCAUCAUUAACGUCAUCAUCAUCAUCAUCAACACCAUCAUCAUCAUUAUCAUCAUCAUUAACGUCAUCAUCAUCAUCAUCAUCAUCAUCAUCAUCAUCAUCAUCAUCAUCAACACCAUCAUCAUCAUCAUCAUCAUGGUCAUCGUCGUCUUCUUUAUUCUUCUUAAGUUAAGAGAUAUUUCUCAAGUGACAUUUAAAAUCGUAAAAAAGCGUUAAUUGUAAAAUACCCAAGAAAAACGCAAACCAUAUAAGACUGAAAAAUAUAUUUGUGACGAGAAAAUGAAUGGGGACCUGUUUUUCUUUCCUCUGGUGCUUUGCAUGCAAAGACGUGUGGAGUUAAAAAUUUGCUUCUGAAGGACUACAACAUUACUCCAUUUCACCCAGGAAAGGAUUUAGUGAAGUUGGCUUUAAUAACUCUUCUACUUUGCCUUCUACUUUAAGCUUUGUUUUGACAGUAAAAUGUACUGUCCACAUUGCGCUGAGGUUAUCAAAUCUUGGAUAUUUACUUAAAAACUUUGUCUUUCUUCACAGUUCGAUAGAGCGGUGUUGGGGCAAAUCAUAGUGGAAAGCUUGAACAAACUCUGCGCGGGUGAAACAAACAGCUGCCCAAUACAACUCUUAGAGUAAGAACAAUUGACUCUAAAUAGAAUGAAACAAUUGCCCACAAACCGUCAUUAAAGACGUUUAGAUUCUAAGACGAGUGCGACCACGAGUACGUGAUUUUCUCAAUACACUCAGUAGUGCGCGGGCGUGAACCAGCGUCAUUUUGGCCCAUUUGCACCAAGUUAUAAGCAGCGCUCUUCAGCUUUCAGGUCUUUCAUAAACCGAAGCAGCUAUUGUGUUCUUGUUAAGUGUUAAGCGUUUUCCUUCGUUGUUUUAAGGAGGUAGGAAAUCAUCUUCUUUCUUAUCCAGGCCGUCUAUUUUUUAAGAUCAAUUGUCUUCAAUAACUUCGAUAAAACGUUUUGGUACCCAACUGGAGAGAAAUCUUUUCCCUUAAAUUGGUCUCUAUGUAUAUGCAAAGUCUGAAUUUGUUACCAACAUUCUUACUUCUUUUUCAAAGGGAAAAACGAAGGAGAAAACGAUCAUUAAAGUUGACAAAAUUUACGCAGGAUGACGUCAUAAUACCAGUUGAUCCAAAGCAAUUAGGUGCAAACCUUCAUGUAGAGCUGGCCGUUUUAAAAAUCUUGGCAGAUGGUACAACUGGUGUAGUAUCCAGUGACAAUCUCAGCAAGAUAAUACUACAAGCGGAAUCAAAAAUCAGUGACUUACUCGGCGGGAGAUUGGUUAGCGCCCAGCCCAAAGUUCCAGCACAGACCACCCAACAACCGCACAGUAAAACUGCAACGAUGCCUAUUACUCUUUCACCAACAACAAGAAAACCGGCGUCGCCUGGUAGAGUGGCUGCUAGUGAGGGAGGAAGCAAUGACGCGAGUGUCAUAGGAGGGGUGGUUGUGGCCAUUGUUGUUGUCAUUGCUAUCAUUGCCUUCCUGGUAUGGUAUUUCAGGUAAACCAUUUUUAAAUUUAUAUGAACCAAUAUUUUCAAAAAGGAUAUAAAUUUUGGUGUUGGAGACACCAAUCAUAAGAAAAUACGGUGUUAGCUGCAGUGCGCCAGAAGUCGCGAUCUAUAAGUGACUAUCGUGAGACAAACGAUAAAGGAAACCCUUUAUAAGUUUGUUUGGUUCGUCUUUUAGGUGUUGUUUUAGAUGCACUUCUCGUGAGGAUAAUUUUACUCAAAAGUAAAUCUCAAUAGAAUGAAUGUGUAGUAUGUAUGAACUGUGAAGAUUUGAAGGAUUGCUUUUGAUAUAAACGCUAUAGUUCAAUCACGGCGGAGUAGAGUUCAAGACCCACCCUAAAAUCCACAAUCACAUUUGUUGCGAUUGAAUGUAACAAGAAGAAAUAUUUAAACGCUGUUGUUCAUUUACAAGUUCUCUUGUAGUGGUUUGAACAGUAACUAUCCUUAUUUGCAACAGAAAUAAUAGAACUGAAAGGAUUUGGUAGUUGAUGUAAAUUUGGAUACAAUUCUCCUUCACAGGGUACGAACAACUGUUCCCUACAAAAAGGAAAUAGAUGCACCCACAAAACGCACGACUUCAUUUGAAAACCCAGGUUACGAUACUGCUGCUAUUGCUGGCUUUGGUGCUUCUGAUAGCGUGAUUUAUGAGGAUAUUCCGCCCAUCGUUCCUUCUCCCUAUCAAGAAAUGAACGAUUUUGGUGCUGCUAUUAACCCGCUUUAUAGAUCAACUGACCAGGAAAAUGUAUCCUCGACUGAUGGUAAUAGAUCUAGAAAGUUUGACGCUGACAAUGCCGACUUCAGUCGCAAACCAGGAAUUCCAGAGGCUCCUGACGGAAACCAAACACUGGAGGAACAGGAUUCCAAGAUGUCCUUUGACGCUAGUAUCCGUCAGCAACCAGCAGUUCUAAUCUUAAAUAACAGUGACAAGCCUGACAAUUUUUCAGAAAUUUAACUUUAAUUGCACGUGCACGAAUUGGCAAAGUACAGUCGAACGUAGAUUGCACUGACUGCGAGCAGUCUCUCUUUUCUUUCUGAUUCAGUGAGGGGAUUGCACGCGCGCGAGCGUAGAGAGGCGAGACGCGAGAAACGAGGGUGGUAGCUCUUCCCCUUUGGCGCCUUUAGUCACGCGUGUGAUCAUUUUGUGUCUCGCACGUUUCGCUUGAUGGACUGAAAAAAAGGGGGACUGCUAGUAGUCUAAGUCGAACUUGUACGACCACCUCUAGUAAGCAACCAAUUCAGGGGAUCCAAACACCAAAAUUGUAUCAAUAAUACCCUUCUUGUAGUGGUAACCUCUCGUAAUUAGUAAUCAUCACCAUGGUACUGGUUUUUUAUUUUUUAUUUUCAAACGUGUUGUAAGAAACCUCUUGACCCAUGGUCUAAUCUCCAUGUUCCCUGUACGUAUUACAAAUUGCAUGCGGAGAACGUUCGAAAUGAAAGCAAUAGUAAGGUCUAUUCCAAAAAGGACAAGGGCCGGAAAAGAACCCCUUGCUGUUCGACCCUCAUUAAUGACCAACAAAUCUUGGUAUUUGGGUGGCCCCUUACAGGAGGUUUGACUUUACAUCAAUGCUCGUCGUUUCAUCGUAGUUGCGUGAACGUUAUAUCUCUAGACAAUACAUUAAAAACGCGUGAGUAAGCUCCUGCUUUGUCUAAACAGGUUCUUACAUUAAUUGUAAUUAGCACUUAUUAAGGCUAUUUAGGAAUAGGUGCAUAUUUUCUAAAAAUUAAAAAUUCAUU